ACUACUUAACGAAGAAGUACUGUAGGGUGAUUCGGGUGGUCCACUGCAAGUGAAGCUGAUGAACAACACGCGUGUCAUUCCAUUUGUGAUCGGAGUAACGUCAUUUGGAGCUGCCUGUGGCUUCUCGGUUCCUGGAGUCUACACUAGAGUGGCACCUUAUAUACCAUGGAUAUUUAAUGUUCUCAAAGAACGAGGAGAACGUGUGGCAGAAUGGAUGUUUCAACCUGAAGCCUGUGCUACAGAUUAUGCCGAACUACGAGAGAACGAUCCACCCGUUGACCAGGAUGGUACCAACUUAGUUGAAUAUCAGGAUUUGGGAAGGGUUCUUGUGUUAGAACAAAAAAAUAAAAUGAGGCAAAUUUUACGUGAACAACAGCUAGCUUUAAACCGUUGUGAAGACAAAACAGAGCGCCUGUGUGUUGAUUGAUAGAAGUUUCGUUGUUGUUCUAUACACUAAGUAUAGAAAUCUGCCGUUACACAUCAGCAUCAAGGACUGAGACACAUUACUUUCUAUAACUUCAUGGAAAAAUUGUGAAAUAAAUAGG